AUGGAUCCUCCUGCGAUUCCAGACGUUAUCUCUGAAAGAAUCAAGAAGUUCUGUGAAACUGAUCCAUCUUAUGAUUUCUGUAAAGAUCUGGGACUCGGAAAAGACAAAAAGAUGUUUCAAGGGAAAUCAGGAAACAUGACUUCUGUCAAUUUUUCGCCACAAAAAUAUGCCAUUAAAGGAGAAGAAGAGGAAAAGGAGGACAUGUUGGAAAAAAUCGAAAAUGCCGGAAAAGCCGGAAAGAAAAUCGACUGUGAGACAAGCCCAGAACAUCCGGGAUGUCAGAGAAACAUCUAUCUCGACGCAUUCAUCGCCUGGAAAAUCGGCAAGGAUUGUGAAGUCGAUCCGAGCGGUCAAUUCUGUCCAAAGACGUUGGGCAGGGGCUGUUCCACGUCAUCUGAAUCCGAAGAAUCGUCGUCUUCAGAAUCCUCGUCAUCAGAAUCCCAAGAAAUCGACGAAUACGAUGAAUUAGAUUCUCCAGAAGUCAUCAUAGAAGGAUCAGAAGGAGACGUGACGCCUUCUGAAUCCUCCGAAACGGAAGUUCCCGCAUUCCUACGACUUUUAUGGGCAUUUUUGAACGAAAUGGGUCAUCACGGAGCUUCAGUAUCUUCAGAAUCCUCUUCAGAAGAAAACGUUGAACCCCAUAUUCCAAGAAUCUUGAGUACUGAACUCGUUGAAAAAUUCAUGGAGCUUAUUUUGCAAAAUCUGGACCGCUUCAAGAAUAUGACGCCUUCUGAACGACUCGCUGAACUUUUGAGAUUGGCUUUGGAAGGGUCUAGAAAGCCAGCAUCCACUACGAUGUCUACAGAAGACGUGACGCUUGAAGAAUCUCCAGAAUCCGGUUCAGAGGAUGAUUCAGAAGAUACGACCUCUUCUGAAUCUGAUUAUGAACCCUCAGAAAACGACGAAGAAUCCACGUCAUCUUCCGAAGAUGCAGAACUCGACGACGGUGCCCAAAAGCUUCUUGCUCUUCUCGAACGAAUCUUCCAAUCCAUCGGAACUGCUCCAGAAUCCAACACGUCAUCUCCCGAAGGCACUGAAUACGACGACGGCGCUCAAAAUUUUCUUGAUCUUCUUCAAAGAAUCUUCGAAUCCAUCAGAAAUGCUCCAGAAUCCACCACGUCAUCUCCCGAAUCCUCCUCAACGACGUCGUCUCCUUUUGACUAUGAAAGAGCCUUCAAAUACGUUGCUCCCCUAUACAAAGAAGCCCUCGAAGGCUGGUCCCUGGCCCGUCAGAACCUUAAAAAGUGUCAAGAAGCUUUGGAGUCUUCUGAAUCCCAGGAUAUCUACGUCGGGUCUCAAGAUGAGCAGAAUAUAGAUGAGCAACUUCUGGACGAGCUCGAAGGAAAGAAACCGAUCGCCACGUUCUCUGGAAUCGUCUCCGAAGGCCGCCGGCGCCGUCAGAUGUUGUCGUUUUUGAACUAUAAAUUCUAUUGA